GAAGGAAGAAUUGCGAGAAUUACAGAAUUACAGAAUUACAGAAACGAGCACAUUACGCGUGUUUCAGACCGCGUCUGGAAUUCGUCCUGCUUCUCUCGGAACGUAGGGGUCCUGACUAACUUUUUAUUUGCACUCCGGGAUCUUUUGCUGGUUCCUCAAAUGAGAGAUCAAGUGCGGCUGCAAAGUUCAGAAUUCGACAUGUCUGCGACCAUCCUGUCCGCUUUCUACGACAUCGACAUGCUUUAUAAGGAUAAAAGUCUGAACAUGAACAUGAACGCACUCCACCUGAAUAGCAUUCUGGAUAAGAAGGCUGUCGGGGCGCCCGUCUCGACUUCGGCUAUCUCCGACAGCUGCUCGUAUUUGCCGUUUUUUCGGCGCAAUUCGACAAGCAAUGCAGACAACAACAGCAAGUUCUCUGCGUCGUGCUACAGCAACAUGAAGGAGAGCACGACCAGCACUGCCAACACCGCCAUCAUGAACAAGGAAAACAAGUUUCGUGAACGCGCAUACAGCGAGACGGGCGAGCGCAGCCAGCAGUUACAGGCGCUGCAGCAGCAGCAGAAACCAGGCUCUCAGAUCAACUCCACCCGCUAUAAAACCGAACUGUGUCGGCCGUUUGAAGAGAACGGGGCUUGUAAAUACGGUGAGAAGUGCCAGUUCGCGCACGGCUUUCACGAGCUGCGCAGCUUAUCUCGCCACCCGAAAUACAAAACCGAGCCGUGCCGCACCUUCCAUACUAUCGGUUUCUGUCCAUACGGUCCGCGGUGCCACUUCAUCCACAACGCAGACGAGCGCAGACCAGCACCGCUCACCACCAGCGGCAGCAACGAACUGAAACCCAUUCCGCAGCAAGCCGCUCUCAAUGCUUUCCGCGACAGACCCAAACUCCACCACAGUUUGAGCUUUUCUGGUUUCUCCACCGAAUACAGACUGGACUCGAAUCUCAGCGACAGCCCAGCAUCCCGCACUCCACCUCCACUUUCUUCUACAAGCGGCUUCUACGAAGACGUGCUAGCAUCGGGUGCUAAUAGUGCCUUUUCUUCAUUCACCACCUCGCAGGACCUGAAGGCGCUUCUCGCCCCGCUGGCAGUGCAAGCAUCCACGGUCUACCAGUCUAACCCGACCUACUACAACAACUUUCAAACCUCCGUCGGUCCCCCUUCUCCUCCCUACAGUCUCGGGCAGCUGCAAGCACUGCAACGUUUGUCCGAGUCGCCCGUGUUUGACUCUCCUUCCAGCCCGUAUGACUCUAUGUCUGACCGCGAGAGCUACGCCAGCGGUUCCCUCAGCUCCUCUGGUAGUCUGAGUGGCUCAGAGUCACCCAGCCUGGAUGCAGGCAGGCGCCUACCCAUCUUCAGCAGGCUCUCCAUUUCUGAUGAUUGAUUCAUCACUUUUUUUUGGUUUGUUUUUGGGACCCCCUUGUGUUUUAAGACUGAAGGAGUUCCCAAACUUAAAAGGGAGCUGUCAUGUGUGAUUGUUUUUGUAGCAGAAAGGUUUGGGUAAUGCAAUGCUUGGAAACAAAAUGCAUUAUUUUUCCACCAACCAUUUGAGAAAACUGGGCGAAUUAGGUCACUGGGUUUGUAUUAUUCAACACACAACCAAAAAAUACUCCAAUUUCACUUAUUGCUAUGGUUUCAUUAAUAAACUGGUCCAGUUUGUCUGCCUUUUCCCCCUCAUAAAUAGUUUUAAGGUUAAAUAAUGCACUUUUUUUUUAAGGGCUAGCAUUACACAACUGUUCUUGCUAUGGAAAGCGGCAGAAUGUGACUGUUCCUUUUUAAUUCCUUAAAGUUGCAGUAUGUCGUUUUAGUUCAACUAUUAGAGUGGCACUUGUACACGAGAAACCUAAUUCGGAAAACAAUCAUCUUUGGCUGAAGUCCUUUAUUUUAAAGUAUCACAUUUUACCCUGAACAUCUGUUGUGUAAAUCCAUCACUAGCUACAGAUUAGCUAUUGAGGAGAGUCACAUUUUGAAAACAAGGAAUCAUACAGCUAUAGUGCCACAGUCUAAAUACCACCUGAUUACUGCAAAGCCACUUGCAGGAGGCAAUUUUGUAAUAUUAACCUGAGGGUGGCAAGUGCAGCUCAUCCAUGAUGAGUCUUUGGCCACACAUGUUUUAAAUUUGUUUCUCAACACUCGAUUGUCAUAUUUCUUUAAACCCAGGUUUUAAUUAGUUUUCUCAAAUGAUAAUGCUCCAUCUUUUACCAAACAUUGCAUUCUGCAGAUUUAAAAUGGCACCUAGUCAGCGACUAGUUGAUAAAGAGGGGGACUUUAUUCGAAAACAAUCCAGGGCAGAUGGCUCGUCAGACCCUCUACGUGGCAUUAGUUUUAGUUUCUUUUUCCCCUGCUCUAACCGAUAGCUAUGAAAGUAGAUAUCGACCGAAGGCAUUCCACCGGUGACUUCUGAGUCUUUCGGCUUUUGAGACCAUCACACUUUCCGAAGACAUGGUUUUGGUCUUGUGCACAGAAACUUUGGACCGUGAAAGACUGACAGGUUUCACAUUAUUUUCCUCCAUCCCACCAAGAAUAUGCCUUGACAAAAAGUUAAAGUAGCCUAUGUAAGCGCUUGUGAAAGCUUAAAAAAAUCUUCCAUUCCAAAAGUUGAAGCAGUUUGGUGACAGUGCCACCCAGUGGUUUGGUUGGGUUAGUGUAGUGGUGUUGCUUAGAGCUGAAUCACUCUUGUUUUGGUCUGUUGGGGAAAUCACUGCUGAUGGUUGAAUAUAUUAUAUAUAUUUUUUUAGCUGUUUUGAGUGAUUACAUAGCAGUACAUAACUGGCUAUGACCUAUUUAACUUAUUUAUUAUCUUGUGAAAAGUAUAGGCUACAUUUGAUAAUUGUGUCCAUACUGUAUUUAUCAAGUAUGUUGAAGCAAUAGAUCUAUAUUCUUUUAUGUUUAAAUUAUGAUUGCCAUUAUUAAUCUACAUAAAGUGGAGUGUAUGUUCUUUUUUCCACAGUAAUAUAUUUUUGUUUGUUCUUCCUUUUGUAACUUCACUUUAUUUUAUUGUAAAUGAGUAAAAAAAAAAAACUUAAUUUAAGAGAUUGUAUGUGAUAUUUAUUUCAUUCAUUUUGUUUUUGUUUCCUUGUUUACGAACAUUAAACAUUUGCGUGAUUGAAAUUUUGUAGGGAUGUUACUUGUGAAAGACUUUCUGUUUUUAUCCCUAGAAACGUCCCUUUAGCUACAGAAUGUAAACUGUGUGGAUGAUAAACACCGUCCAAAUAAAAUUUUUUAGAUUUUUUUUAAAUGGUUAGACUUGUGUGACUAAGAUCCCAAUGGAAUAGCGUAACCAAAAACGUGUUUAAGCGUUAUUUGUUUUGGUUUGUUUGGUUUUUUUGGGGGGUUUUAUUAUUGUAACGCACAGAGCCAGGCUAGGAUUCCUGCCACAUGCUUUGAGAAUGUAGCAAUUCACAGCCCCAGUAUUAUUACCUUAGUGCCUAAGGGGUCCACCACCAUACAUGCCUUACAAUUCACCAAAUAAAGUAUUUUUUUUAUUACAAGUCAUUGUUUUACACAAACAGAAGCUGAAUGUAGAUUUAAAUUUAACCUUGUUGGGAGGCUGUUACCACUUAUCAGUACAGUUAAGGGGCCUUGGAGCAAAAAGCUUUCUUUUUUUUUCUUUUUUUUUGUUUAAACUCCCCAUUUCUGUAGACGUUUAGGUGGACUUUUAGUUGUUCUCUCGUUUGUCUUUGAUUGAUUAUGUCUGAGGAUUCUAAUCUUGCUGGAUGGGGUAGUGGGUGAACAUGUUUGCUUGUACAUAGUAGGUACAGGGGCUGGGCACUAUGUACUUUUUCUUGACUACUUUAUCUAAAGUAAGGCUUUUUGAAUGUAAUUAAAAAUGGACAAAAAAGACGACGAGUUGUAACAUACUUUUUGGAGGGGGGUCUUUCUUUUUUGGAGCGGAGUCAGUUCACUACAAGUUGUUUGAGUGAGACUGUUAACUUUGUACUGUACAUUUUUGUAGUUCUCCCAAUAAAAUCAUUUUGAAAAAA